CUUUAUCCGUUUAAUAUCUCCCCCACCUCUCUCUCUCUCCUAGUCUCCUGUGCUCGUUAAGCACUUAAGCAGCAACGAACUGACAAACAGCACAAUCGCGAAGUAACAAUCAACAGUUCGCCGGAAAAAAUGGCGUAUUUCGCUCUUAUUCCUUCUUCAUCGCCUCCAUUGAUGAAAAUCCGCCGGAAUUCUCACUUUUCCGGUGAAUCGUCGUCUUCUACAUCCUCUUUCUUCUCUGACCUUCGUAUUCCUUCUCCCAGUAGGUGUUAUUAUCGACCCAGAAACAACUGUGAAAAUGUUAGAUUUUGCACGGUUGUGUGUGCAGCUGUCAAGGCGAAAGAAGUUUCUUCAUUAGCAUCUGAUGCUUUUGUGAAGGAGCCACAUAAAUAUUUUGAUCAGGUCAUCAUUUCUGUUCGGGCUGGUGAUGGGGGCCAUGGUGCAAUCCUCAAGAUGCCCAACCAAAAGGCGUCUUCCAAACUUGAUAAUAAAAAAGACAAGGCGGCGAAUUCAAGGAAGAAAGUUUCGUUCAAAAGGGAUAGUGAUGGAUCUGUAAUUCUUCCUUUUGGUGGACAUGGAGGUGAUGUUGUGAUUUAUGCUGAUGAGACUAAAGAUACAUUGCUAGAGUUCCACAAGCAAAGCCGGUUUAAAGCAAAGCGUGGUGGAAAUGUUGAUGCUUUGGGUGCUCUGAAUACUAAGCUACGAGAUGGAUCUGCUUCUCCGACACUGCGGAUACCGGUGCCUGUAGGUACUGUUGUUAAACGGAAGCGAGGCAAACUUUUAGCAGAUCUUGCAAAUCCUGGUCAGGAGGUUCUUGUGGCAAGGGGAGGACAAGGAGGGAUAAGUCUACUAGAUGUGCCAGAGCAAAAAAAGAGUAUGAUGACAGCUUUGACAACAAACAUUUUGAGAGAUGACAGUGAUAAGGUUUUAGUCCUUGGUCAAGCUGGGGAGGAAGUCAGUUUGGAGCUGAUACUCAGAGUGGUUGCUGAUGUUGGUCUUGUGGGACUUCCAAAUGCUGGAAAAUCUACACUUCUAUCAGCUACUACGCUUGCAAAACCUGACAUUGCUGAUUAUCCCUUCACAACACUGAUGCCAAACCUUGGACGUCUUGAUGGUGACCCUUCUUUGGGGGCAGCUAUGUAUUCGUCUGAAGCAACAUUAGCAGAUUUGCCUGGUCUUAUUGAAGGUGCUCAUUUGGGCAAGGGUUUGGGUCGUAAUUUCCUAAGGCAUUUGAGGAGGACUCGGUUACUGGUCCAUGUUGUUGAUGCCGCUGCGGAGGACCCUGUGAAAGACUACAAAACCGUUAAAGAAGAAUUGCGGAUGUAUAAUCCUGAUUACCUUGAACGACCGUAUAUUGUGGUGUUGAAUAAAAUUGAUCUUCCUCAGGCAAAGGAUAGGCUUCCAUCUUUGACUGAAGAAAUUCUUAAAAUUGGUCAGGACAGUGAGCACACACCGCUGGUAUCUGAAGAUACAGCUCCGAUUGUGCUGACAUCAUCUGAUCAUAGUGACACGCUUCCUUCAGAUUCUGAGAAAAUGAAAAGAGAUAAGGAGAUUGAGGACUAUCCACGACCUCUCGCUGUUGUAGGAGUCAGUGUUUUGAAAGGUAUCCAUGUUACAGAGAUGUUGGUCGAAAUAAGGAAAGCAUUACAGAAAUGUCGAGCUACAAUCCAAGAGAUGCCACUUCAGCAGCAAUGACAGUUUUCGUACAUAAAGGUUUCAUGCCAAAGAAAAUUUGCGCCAAGCAAUGAACUAAAUUAUAGCAAGGAUAUGACAUUACGGUUAAGAAUCAGAUGAUCAUGCAGGUGCCCGACAAAAUUAAGAUGCAUAUUAAUGUUCUUAACUUCUUUUGGUGGUUAUUGGGCACUGUUCUAAACCUCACAUUGGCUCAUAACUUAUGUAGAGUCCAAAGAUGAAGUUGAUUGAUUCUACUAGGCAUGUUGGCGCUCGCAACAUAUAGCUGGAUGUGAACCGGCAUAACAAAUGCAGCGGACCUCCGUGCGACAGCAUACCGCCGACCGAAAAUCAUAUUUUGUUCAUGUGAUUUUUCAUUUGAAAAAGGAAAAAGGAAAAAGAAAUGGGGACAUAUUUAUUUUGCCAAGUGGGGAUGUUAUAUGGAGCAGAAAGGUGUUAAAGAGACACGAUGAACAGGUUUAUGCUGACAGGUAUCUACCCAGAUUUCACUGUAGACACGUAUUAAGGAGAAAAAUAAAGUUAAACAAAGGAAAGACCAUUCAAUUUUCCCACCCAUUUUGUAACAUAUAAAUAACAUAGGAGUUAACCUACACAUGGGUCUUGGUUAACUCAGCAGUUUUAUUAUACACGCAGCUGUACAUUGUCUUCACUUUCCUCUUUCUCUCUUUAAUCUCCACUGUUGUACCAGUAUUUUUUAUUUUCCUGCUCUCUAUUUUACUAUCUCCUACAAU